AUGGCCAAGGCGGCCGUAGACCGCUCCGUUGGCAGGCUUGAGAUGUUCGCGGGGGAGUGGUUUGUUAACAGUGAGCUCCUCCUUUAUAUUGCUGAAAGGUCACUCUCCCUGAAGAGACUUCAUCUAAAAAAUUGCGAGUUCACGGGCGAAGUUUUCGUUGAGCUGACUCGGAAUUCACAGCUGGCAGCGCUGCAGUGCCUUGAGCUCGCUGAGAUUGAGUUCACCCAUGAAGAACUGACAACCAUUCUUGACAACUGUCCUCGCCUGGAGACUCUCAGCAUGCGCAGCUGCUACAGCAUCCGACUAAAUGACGAUGAAGCCCUGCGAGCAAAAUGUGACAGAAUCAAGAAUCUGACAAUAUCCGAUUGCUACUCUGAUACUGGAUAUGACUACCAUUAUCAUAACUUCCAUGAUGCUGAUUACGACUACUACUCCCAUUAUCUUAAUAUCCAUGGCACCGAUUAUGACUAUGGUUCUGACUAUUCAUAUAAUUGGUAG